AUGUAUCACAAAACUUUAGUAUUAGUUUUGUCGUUUUUGUUUGUAACGACGGAGCCGGCAAAAAUUCUAGGAGUGUUUCCAAUGCCGUCCUUAAGUCAUCAAGUUGUCUUCAGUAGAAUAACUCAGGAACUUGCUAAAAGGGGUCAUGAAGUGACAGUUAUUACAACAGAUCCGGCGUUUCCCAAAGGAAACGGACCAACAAAUCUUAAAGAAAUUGAUAUUCAUGAUGUAUCUUAUGAACUUUUCAAAAAGAAUUUUCAAACUAAAUACAAGGCCGGUGCUCAGAAACAUCAAACAUUUACAGAAAUGAAAGACGGACUUCGAAUAUUCUCAAGUCUUUUUCACAUCCAGGUACAAACACCACUAGUUCAAGAACUCUUGACAAACAAGAACAAUACAUUUGACCUAAUAUUAAUUGAGUCUGUUACGCGCCCUGCACUUAUUUUGUCGCACAUUUUAAAAGCACCAGCAAUUUUAAUUAGUUCAUUUGGAGCUAUAUAUAAAUAUCAUGACCUAAUGGGUUCUCUGACACAUCCAAUUUUGUAUCCAUCUACCUUUCAAAUGAAAAUUUAUAAUCUGACUCUGUGGGAAAAGUUUGAUGCCCUAUGGUAUCACUAUACGAAUAAAUAUGUGACCUAUUUAAAUGAAUUUUAUGUGCACGAAAUGUUGAAACAAGAUUUUGGAUCAGAUAUUCCGACCUUAAAAGAAUUAUAUAAUAAUGUGCAUAUGUUGUUUCUCAAUAUUCAUCCUAUCUGGGCAGACAAUCAGCCUGUACCAUCCGGUGUUAUAUUUAUGGGUGGAAUUCAUCAAUUAUCUGAAAAGGAACUACCAAAGGAUCUAAAAACAUACUUGGACUCGUCAAAACGUGGUGUUAUAUACGUGAGUUUUGGAACCAAUAUAUUGGCAAGAAUGUUUGAACUAGAAACAGUUAAAAUUAUAGUGAACGUAUUAUCCAAGUUACCCUAUGACGUUUUGUGGAAAUGGGAUCAGGACGAGCUGCCAGGGAAUCCGGAUAAUAUAAAAAUAUCCAAAUGGCUACCACAAUCAGAUUUAUUGAGACAUCCCAAAAUAAAGCUGUUUGUCACACAAGCUGGACUUCAAUCUACGGAUGAAGCUAUCACUGCUGGUGUGCCGCUUGUUGCUAUACCGAUGUUAGCCGAUCAAUGGUAUAAUUCUGAGAAAUAUCUCAAGCAUGGUAUUGGUAUGAAACUCGAUAUUGACUUUUUAACUGAAGACAAACUUAAACAUGCCAUAGAAACUGUAAUAUCGGACGAAAGUUAUCGUCGAAAUAUUAUUAAGCUUCGUGAUUUAAUGCAUGAUCAGCCUGAGACACCACUAGAGCGGGCGAUAUGGUGGCUUGAAUAUGCCAUAAGACACGGUGGAGCAAAAGAACUUCGCGCACCAACAGCUAACAUUUCAGUGGCUGAAUAUUUUGAGUUAGAAUUGGUUUUAAUUGUGCUAUCAACAGCUGUCAUUGCUUUGAUAUUAUUAACUGUUACUUUUAUAUAUGUAAUUAGAUUAAUUCGUAAAUUAUUAUGCAAUAAAAACGAAGUAUGUAAACCAGCAACUAAAAAGAAAACCAACUAA